AUGGCUGAUUCGCCUAUUCAGCGCUCCUUAAGUGCACGUCGCGCCCGUACCUUCGAGGAGAGUCAACGACGGAACUCGACCCUCUCGGACUCGCUUUCAGAGGCUCGCAACUCCAUCCGCUCAUCAACCGACGACUUGUUUCUACCUCGCGUAGCAAAAGGCCAUGAUGCAACUCCAGCUGAAGAAUCAAAUUGGCAUUCUGCACCCCUAGGGUUGGCCCUGCUGCCUGCAAUUGCGGGCAUUUUCUUCCAUGAAGGUAGUUCAUUCGUCACCGACGUCACAUUACUAGUCUUGGCCGCUAUAUUCCUCAACUGGUCUGUCCGGUUGCCUUGGGAUUGGUACCGCUCAGCCCAGGCCAUCCGACGAGAAGAAACUGGAUUCCCAGCGCGCGACGAUCCCCAAUUCGAGCCUGACGAUGACCACGAACCCCAACAGAAAGAAGCAGCAACAGCCAUCUCCGAGCUCCAAAUUCACGAACUCGCCGCCCUAGCAGCCUGCUUCAUAUUCCCCAUAGUCGGCACCUGUCUCCUCCACGCCAUCCGCUCCAGCCUCUCCCGACCCUCCGAGGGCCUAGUAUCGAACUACAACCUAACAAUCUUCCUCCUAGCCUCCGAAGUCCGCCCAGUCGCCCACCUCCUAAGACUAAUCCAAAAACGAACCUUACACCUCCAACGCAUCGUAUCAUCCUCAACAGACCCAAUAAUCACCCCAACAACCCUGCAAGAUCUAAUAAAGCGCCUCGAAGAACUCGAAGCCCACGUCGCAGAGACAGCAACCGCCCGUCUCGCAACCCAAUCAACCAAUAAAGACCCCCACCUCCUCUCCCAAAAAGAACAAGACCAAAAACAACCCGAGGCAUCCCCAUCCCUCGUCACCAGCGCAGCCCUCGAAACGCGCAAAGCUAUCCAGCCUGAUAUCGAAGCCCUUAAUCGCGCCGUCAGGCGCUACGAGAAACGAUCCGCCCUCUUCACUCUGCAGACUGAUCAGCGCUUCGUGCGUCUCGAGACUCAGGCUGGUGACGCGCUUGCGCUGGCUGCUGCUGCGAAGCGGUCGGCGGAGUCCCGGCGUCCGAACUACGCGCUUGUCCUGCUGGACUGGGCUUGUGCGUGCGUCGUUGUCCCUGCGCAGAUUGUGCUGUCGGUUGGUAGUUUGCCUGGGCGCGCCGUUGCGGGGUGUUGGGAUGCUGUGAAGCGUAUGCUUCCCGGGUGGAAGGUUGUGCCGCACCAGAGAUUGAAGUCUAAGUCUGGGUCGAAGGGGAAGGUUGUAGCUGGGCCUGGGGGUCGAGCUGAAGGGGCGGGAUCGUCGAGCAUGUAUCGGCAGAGUGGUGGGCUGGCGCCGCAGCGGCGGUCUGGGGUGAGGAAUGGGGAUGGGGUGUGA